AUGAGGUCGUGUGUGAAGCUGGGCGCCGCGUGGCUCCUAUGUAUUCAUAUUGCAGCCGCCGCGAGUUCUUCAGCCGCUGGCAGUGUCCUGUUUGACUCUGUGCUACGGGAAGCCAGGGCGCGCUACACUGAUGCUGGCACACGUUUAACCCAGGAAGAGCUCGCCAACACGGUGACCGAAUCCCUUAAGAAGGCGUCGCAGCUGCUGGGACUCAAUCUGCCCGUUGUCCGCGGCGACUGCGAAUUCGAUUUCUCCGCUUUUUGUCCUGAGGGAUGGGUGUCGUCCGGUGACGGCGUCCACUGUGAAGUGGCACAUGCUGAUUCCGCCGAUGCAGGAUGCUGCGGGAGCCAGUUAGACAUGCGGGAUAAGUCCCCCUUGGACAAGCUGAGCCUUUCGAAUAUGUGCAACUUAAAGUGGCCGUGUCGCACAUCCUCGGCUUACGUUUCGUUGGAUGAGGGUAUUUGCCCUCGGUUCUGGCACAGGGAAGGGGAGGAGUGCGUGGCGGACCACACUUACAUGGGCCCAUGCGAUACGCGUCUUAAUCUCGCGGGAAAGAGCCUUCAGGAGCGUGAAGAUAUUGCUAGGAAAUGCGGGCUCGCGUAUUCGCGCGCAACCGGGCUCCUGGAUGAGAGCAGCGACUGGUCUGCUGAUUGUCCACUGGGGUGGUCGCUGCAUGAGGAUGGUACAUGCGUCAAAAACGCCGACCAAACUGCUGGCAUGUGCGGAGGAGUGCUGAAAUUUGUGGAUAUUCGUGACAAGCGGGACAAGUCUCGGCGUUGCGGUUUAGUGCCUAUUAAAGGAGCUAAAGUUGAGUCGCAUUGUCCACUGGGCUGGCGAUACGACGCCGACAAUGAGCUGUGCCUGGCGCCUCCAAGUUACACGGGCCCCUGCCAGCUAAGGAUGGAUUUUCGAAACUACACCACGGAAGAGAAGGCUCUCUGGGCCCACGUCUGUGGUGGCAGUUUCCUGGAUGGUGGUGUGACGAAGGAGGAGCCCACUAAAAGCACGUCCAACGUGUCGUAUCGCAGCGGCGCCCUUGACCAUGAUUUAUCGGUAGUUCGCUUCAGCAAACCUGCGAAAGAUGUGCGGGUAAUUGAAAAACAGCUGGACGAUGGGUGGCGCCAGUUCGAUGGCGUCUGUGUUGCUGGGGAGACCUACAGCCGCAUUAUGCCAGGCUGCAGGACCAUCCACCAUUUGUCGGACGAGUACGAGGAACGCUGCCGUGUAUCACACCGCACUGACGACGUGCUGGAGGACUUUGUUCGCGCAUACUGCCCGUUGGGUUGGCGUAUACGCCGGGUGUACUACGGCGAUUUGGUGCGGCACAUAUGCGUGGCACCGUCGGCUUGGAGUGAACCCCAAAAGGUGGAAUGCGGCGGAACAACUGUGGACUUCUCCACUAGAUCACCUGGUUUCAAACGGAGGUGGGCGUUUGCCUGCGGGCAGCGAUUUCCCAAGUUUACCGACACUAAUGCUGCGCGGUGCGCUGAGAACUUCUAUUGGCGGUGCCCGGCGGAAUGGACGCACGACGGAGAGGACUGCGUGGCGCCAAAGCACUACGGUGGUCCCUGCCCUCCAAAAGUGCCCGUAUCGCAACUUGCCAGCCCCAGCAUGAAGGCCGCGUUUUCGCAGCGCUGCCAUGCUGCAUGGCCAUGUAUAGGCUACUGUGAGAAAGAUUACAGUGCGGAUUGCCCGGAUGGGUGGACACGAACCGAAGAAGGCUGCAAGCUGUCAUCCGACAGUGGUGGUGGCAGUUGUGGGAACCACAUCGUCGUGCCGAAGUCAGUGCGGUGGGGACCAGGUCCUAAGGAAGAGCUGGAAUAUGCGUGCGACGUUCAUUGGACCUGCAAAAAAGUUUGA